AUCCGUUCUUAAUGCCAGAUUCCCUUCAUCAAAGGACAACCUCAACUCUUACUACAACAUGUCUUUAAAACCCAAAACUCUUCCUCUCCCCCUCACUCUUAUCUCAUUCGACAAAACAUAACCCAAAACCAUAAACAAGUUUACUCUCACCGCCACAUACCACAGCAAAAAGGAAAUGGCUGAUGAAGCAGAGAAGGCUGAGCGCGAUCGCAUUUUCAAACGCUUUGAUGCCAAUGGUGACGGUAAAAUCUCUGCAGCCGAGCUAGGAGAUGCAUUGAAGACACUCGGGUCUGUCACGGGGGAUGAAAUUAGACGGAUGAUGGCUGAGAUCGAUACCGAUGGUGACGGCUACAUUUCGUACCAGGAGUUCACUGAUUUCGCCUCUGCCAACAGUGGCCUAAUGAAAGAUGUUGCGAAAAUAUUUUAAGUUUUCUAGCUAUGCAUGCUUAACGUUCUUUUCCCAAUUUGAUAACUUGUUUUUGAAACUUUAAUCUCCAUGAUUGUGAGAGGUUCACUCUUCAUAUGGGUCCAACUGGAUUUCUUUUUUCUUUAUUUGUUUUUUUGUUACAUGAUAGAACUUGUUGGUAGUUAAACUGUAA